UCCAUCGAUCGGGUCUCCAUUCUGGCGAUUCCAUCAGGAAGUAACAGCAGUGAGAAGGAAUUUCUCUGGUUUUCCCCCAAAUGGUCCGCCUUGGAGUUCAAAGUGGAUCCGAGACCGCGCCUUCGUUUGCAAGAAUCACUUCUCCGGUCUUCCCCCAAAUGGUCCGCCUUGGAGUUCCCGCGGUCGACAGUUUUGAUUGGGAGAACUUGAUGGUCAAUGAAUUUCUAGACUGGUUUGAUAGAGAUGAUCUUAAUCCAGAAGAUUUGAGCAUCUAUGAAUUCGAAGUGGAUGGGAUUCCACGGCCCUUAACCUGCCCGUACUGCAACGAGCCCCAUGAUCUUGGUUCGCUGUGCUCUCACCUUGUCCAGAAGCAUUUUCUCGAAUCUAGACCUGCUGUUUGUCCUGGCUGCGAUUCGAAUCAAACACAAAUGCUUUAUCACAUUGUAGCAGCUCACCGAUCCAUGUUGAGGAUAUCCUUUUUUCCCUGGCAUAAGUUAGCCAACUCUUGAACUAUGAUGUUUAUCCAAUUUGGAUCAGGAAUCAUGUCAAAAUUUGAAAAGGAGAUAAAUUCUUGGGCUAGAUUAUUUCUAUGUUUGUGUGUUUUGACUCUUUAACUUUGCAUUACAUUAGCAGGCCUAAUUAUCUGCAAUUUCCUCCCAUUAGCCCCACGUUCAUGAAUGCAUUAUCUCAACAAAUUAAACAAUCAUCCGAAUUCAAGAUGUCAGACUCUCAACAAGCACUCUUAAUCAGUAAGGAAUCCUCUUUUCAAAAACUCCUAGAGAGCAGUAAAACCCAUCUGCAAAGUUCAGUCCCCAGGGAAGAUAUGUUGAGGAACAACAUCUCAGUUGCCUUAGAUGAUUUUGUGGCUGCAUCUAACGCUGAAGAUACACUGACACCUUCUGCUUGCGAAGCAGAAAACAGAAAAGAGAAAGAAGAGAGUGAUGCUUCAUUGACUCCUGAGCAGAGGGAACAAAAGCAAAAGCAAGCAGAGUUUGUGCAAGAAUUGGUUAUGUCCAGUAUUUUCGAUGAUUAACAAAAUUUAGCUUACAGAAACUUGACAGUGAAUAGAUGACUAGGAACAAAAUAUGAAAAUAUAGAUAAAAAAAGAGAGAAUUCUUUUAAAGAGAAUCGAGAUCUUGAAUUUGUUCUUUAAUACAAAAAAAUCUCUACUAAGGAGUAGAACGUUUGACCUUUAAG